AACCCGCAGUCGUUCUCCUUCGAACUCCACGAGCGACCGCUGCCGGGCCAAGAUUCUGACGGCGACGUGACAGCCUGCUUCGAGCUCUGCGUCAACCGAUGACUGCCAUGUGAGGGACCUCUCCACCGCCGAGGAGACAGGACAUGCCGCCGAGAGGGCGGGGGCCGCCGCACCAGCCUCUGUCGUUCGAGCCGCCGGCGCCGCCGCUGUUGCCGCAGGCCUGGAGCCGCCGCACACCGCCGCCGCCGUCGCCGUCGUCACUGUCGCUGCUGCCGCCAUUGCCGUCUCAAGGGGCCGUGAGACCUACCCUCUUCCGGAGUCGUUGCGGCUCCUGCUGGGAAUGGGGGUGCUGGGCUAGGGGGUCCGAUGACUGCCAUGUGAGGGACCUCUCCACCGCCGAGGAGACAGGACAUGCCGCCGAGAGGGCGGGGGCCGCCGCACCAGCCUCUGUCGUUCGAGCCGCCGGCGCCGCCGCUGUUGCCGCAGGCCUGGAGCCGCCGCACACCGCCGCCGCCGUCGCCGUCGUCACUGUCGCUGCUGCCGCCAUUGCCGUCUCAAGGGGCCGUGAGACCUACCCUCUUCCGGAGUCGUUGCGGCUCCUGCUGGGAAUGGGGGUGCUGGGCUAGGGGGUGUGGGUGUGGGUGUGGG